GUGGCAUUUUGUUAAAUUUCUCGAAAGCAUGGGGGGCAUCUAGGGUUGCGUCGCCGCCGCUUCUAGCUCCUCCCCUGUGACCGGCGGCCGCACGGUGGCCUGCGCAAUGGAUGCACUCUACCGGCGAGGGCGCUAAGGUUGCCGGCCAGUGCGACGAGCUCCACGGCACCUCACGGGGGCUGCCGACGCUGAGCUAAUCUGCUUCGUGCUGCCUCCCAGUCCCAGCUAAGCUGCCUGCCUUGAUCUGCUGACGAUCUCCGCGCGGGCCGAUGGAGAAUCUCUACGGCAGGCGGCGGAACCCGGCGGCCAGCCUCACCUACGAGCUCGUCGUCGAGAUCGUCCGCCGCCUCCCCAUCCGCUCGGUGUGCCAAUUCAAGUGCGUCUGCCGGUCCUGGCGCAGACUCAUCGCCGACCACGAGCACCGCAAGAAGCUGCCGCAGACGCUAUCCGGCUUCUUCUACAGAAGCGUCAACGUCGAGCGCUGUCCUGAAUCGGCGCACCACUUCACCAACGUCACCGGGAAAGGGGUUCCUCUCAUCUACCCGUCCUUCUCCUUCCUGCCCAGGUGCGACGACGUCAUCGUCUUGGACUGCUGCAAUGGCCUCUUGCUCUGCCGCUGCUCCCAGUCUGAUGGGGCCAGGCCGUUCCACUAUGCCGUGUGCAAUCCUGCGACCAAGGAAUGGGUCAUGUUGCCAGAUGCCAACCACGAUGAGAACCAGGCACAAGGAAUGGGUCAUGUUGCCUGCUUAUGUUUUGAUCCAGCCAUCUCGUCGCAUUUCCAUGUGCUUGAGUAUGUCGAAGAUGAAAAUGAAUCCGUCGUAGGGGUGGAGAUCUAUUCGUCGGAAACUGGAUUGUGGAGCCUCCUUGAAAGUGGAUGGCCUGAUGACACUGUUAUUCGUAAUUCAGUCAAUGGGAGAAGCGUUUUCCUUAAUGGUUUUCUGCAUUCUGUCACACCUUUUGAUAUUGCGGUGGUUGACAUGGAGGGCAAGAAAUGGCGGACAAUUCCUUUACCGGAUCGUGAUGGUGAUGUUUUCGUAAUUCAUCAAGCUCAGGGUCACCUAUGUGCUUUUGUUGAUCUAGCUGAUGGCUCCAAACUGUCAGUUUGGAUUCUUGAAGACUAUGAUACAGAUAAUUGGAUCUUAAAACGUACCGUUAGGUCAUUGGACUUAUUUGGAAUUGAGGAAUAUCAAUUAGGCUAUGACUAGAGCUAGGAAUUGGGCCAUGCUUUCCUGGGCCGGCCCAAAGCACGAUGGUUUGGCACGACAGAAAGCACGGCACGGUCCAACACGAAUUGGGUCGGGCAAGGCACGGCAUGACCACGGGUCGAGCUUGGGCCUGGAACACAAACACGUUGGGCAGCACGACACGAUACGGUCAUUAGGCCAGGCUUGGGCCGACACGAUCUAAAAGAGGCACGAAACAUUCACGUCAGGCUAAUUUUCUUUGUGGACCAUGCUUUCACAAUAGGUCGAUUUUAUUUCUAGGACAUUGGUUAUGUUAAUGCUAUAUUCAUGUUUUACUCGACAUGUCUGUUUCACGGACAAUGCCACGUACUUAU